AUGAUCCGAGCUCUGGUCUUCAUCUCUGUUCUUCUGAGUUCAGAUCUGGUCCAGCUGAAGUCCCCCUGCUCGUACCAGGACGUUCUGGACCAUCUGAACCUGUCCAAGAGUAAUGAGGUGUACAAACUGAGCCGACCCGUGCUGGACCACACCAGGCCAACGCACAUCCAGCUCAGUGUGGUGCUCUACUCCAUCCUCGCCGUGAUCGAGAAAACUCAGACUUUCAUUCCGUUCGUCUGGGCUGGAAUGAGCUGGACAAACGAGCGCAUCCACUGGGAGCCGGAUCAGUUCUGUGGAAUCACUCACUUCGCCGUCCCCCGAGAGUUGCUAUGGGAACCAGACCUGUUCAUAUACGAAAUGACGGAGAAGGACUCGUCUCCGAAGAAUCCGUACCUGGUGGUUUUCCAUAACGGGACGGUGACGUCUGAGGAGGAGAUAAAAGUCGUCGCCACCUGUAAAAUGGACCUGCACAAGUUUCCCUUCGACACGCAGCAGUGCAACCUGACACUGGGCUCCGCCAUGCACACAGCGGACGAGGUGCACCUGCGUCCGUUGCUGAACUCGUCGCGGGUCACAGAGUUCAGUCGGGAGCUGCUCUUGACUCAGGGCGAGUGGGAGUUUGUCAGUUUGUCUGUGGACAACUACAACUUCAGUUUCUCCGGGCUCAUGUGGGAGACGCUGGUUUAUACGUUCACGGUGAAGCGGCGCCCCCUGCUGCACGUCUUGAAUCUUCUCGUUCCGAUCUUGUUCUUUCUCGUUCUGGACGUGGCUUCGUUUUUCAUCUCGGAUUUUCGCGGCGAGAAACUUGGAUUUAAAGUGACGGUUCUUCUGGCCGUGUCCGUGCUCCUGCUCAUCCUCAACGAAAUCCUGCCGUCCACCUCCAGCGACACGCCGCUCAUAGCGACGUACUGCAUCGUGAUCUUCGCCAUGAUGCUCCUCAGCGUCCUGGAGACGAUCCUGGUCACGUUUCUGAUGGACAGGAACGACAGCAGUCUCAAGAUGGCCGACAGCGGGAACGAGUCUGGACCCACACAACACGAGCUGCUGUGCGUCUCCGAGGAGUCCAACCACAGCCUGAAGUCGUCCGAGUCCCAGAUCCUGGUCCUGAUCCUGGACCAGAUCCGAGAGCUGCGGGGGUCUGUGAGCGCGCACGUGACCCCCGGCGGCGACCCUCACGUGCACGGCUGCGUCUGGGCCAAACGCAUCAACGGCGUCUUCGUGUCGCUGUACGUCCUGACGGCGGCGCUGUUCCUCGGCCUCAUGUUCAUGCAGUGGGUCGUCUGA